GCUAUCAUUCCUUUUCCCGAUUAUCACUGCCGACCAAACUCGGCUGGCCCAAGCAGCCAUGCAGUACUCCUCCUUUUUUAUUUUGGGUUCGCUUCUCCUUCGCCAGUUAUUUAGGACACCCCAUCAUUUCCUGCAGAAGCUACCACACGCCAAAUCGAACUCCUCCCCGUUGCGUGUAUGCCCAUUCCUCCCUUUGAUUGUAGUGUCCAGUGUCUGAGUGUUAAUUAGUUCAAAGCCAUGAUGGCCGCGGCAGGAUUGCCUCCGCCACCAGUUUUGAGACCGGCGACGGAGGGCGGAGAUGUGCAUGCCCGGGCUUUUAAGUUAGUAGUCGUCGCCGCCGCCGCCGGCCCCACAGUUGGUGCUGGUGUUGCUGGUGGUGGUGGGAGAUUUCCGUCGUUUUUGCCCAAAGAGGUUGAGAACAUCAAAGACCCGUUUGCUCGAGCUAUGGCUCAGAGGAUUCAAAGGCUUCCCGUGCAGACUGGAUUCUCAGACAACUGUAUUAUGAGUAGUUGUGUGAAGCCACUGACUCAAAGAGAGGACAAUCCAGCAGUUCUCCUCCAUUGUUUUGACAGCUCUUGCUUAGAAUGGAGGCGUGCAUUUCCCUUGCUUGAGGAGGCUGGUAUGGAGGCUUGGGCCAUUGACAUUCUUGGAUGGGGCUUCUCUGAUUUAGAAAUGCUUCCACCUUGUGAUGUGGCAUCCAAGGGUUACCACCUCUACCAGUUUUGGAAGUCCUAUAUAAAGAGGCCAAUGAUAUUAGUUGGACCGAGCCUUGGUGCUGCAGCAGCCAUUGACUUUGCAGUCAAGCAUCCGGAAGCUGUUGAGAAGCUGGUACUGAUCAAUGGAAGCGUAUAUGCAAAAGGCACAGGACGUCUAACAAAACUACCUAGAAUGGCAGCAUAUGCCGGGGUUUCUUUGUUAAAGAGUGUCCCACUACGACUCUUUGCAAGUUUUCUGGCGUUCAAUGGUAUGCCAGUAACUACACUCGUAGACUGGACUAAUAUUGGCCGCUUACACUGUCUACUGCCUCGGUGGAAUGAUGCAAUGGUUAAUUUUAUGUUCAGUGGGGGCUACAAUGUUGCUGCCCAAAUAAAACAGGUAAAACAGAGAACUCUUGUCAUCUCAAGCGAGCAUGACCAAAUUGUCAGCCAUGAACUGACACUGAGAUUACAUUCAGAGCUGCCAAAUGCCAUUAUGCGUCAUGUGCCAGAUUGCGGUCAUCUUCCUCAUGUCGAGAAGCCCCAGACUAUUGCAAAGAUCAUCUCAGAUUUUGCUCGAAGUGGUCACUGCUAGGUGCUAAGGUUGUCCAUUUGCUUCAACUAUACCGAUGGGUUUUAUUUUGGAGUUGGACAAGGAGGAGAGAUUUAAUUUACCAUUUGUCAAGUUAUCUAGCUAAGAAUUCUGAUGUGACAUAGCUUUUUAGAUGACUAUUCUGUCUAAUUGGGAAAACGAGAUUGCUACAAGUGCGAGUCUAAAGAAAACUUGGUCAAUUGUUUAUAGAAACCCCUUUAUUGAAUGGAUGAGAAUAUAAAAAUUGGGAAGGAAAAA